CUAAAGAUCAUAAAUCCAAAACCACUCAUUCUCUAUUGCACUGAAACACUCAGAAGAAGAAGAAGAUUAACAUGGCGACAAGCGCAUCUGCUUUGCUCGCUCCCACAACUUUCUCCACUGUAAUCUCUCAGAAAAACCCAAACUCCAUCUCCUUCCACGGCCUCCGUCCCCUCCGCCUCGGUGGCUCCUCCUCUGCCUUACCCAAGCUAUCCACCACCUCCGGAAGAAGAUCUUCCUCCUCCGCCGUCGUGAGAGCCGAGCUCAGCCCAUCCGUCGUCAUAAGCCUCAGCACCGGUCUCUCCCUCUUCCUAGGCCGGUUCGUCUUCUUCAACUUCCAGAGAGAGAACGUUGCCAAACAGGUGCCGGAGCAGAACGGUAAAACCCACUUCGAAGCAGGAGAUGAUCGUGCUAAGGAGUACGUAAGCCUCCUGAAGUCGAACGAUCCAGUUGGGUUCAACAUUGUUGAUGUUCUUGCUUGGGGUUCUAUUGGUCACAUCGUUGCUUACUAUGUCUUGGCCACUUCUAGCAAUGGCUAUGAUCCUAGCUUCUUUGGCUGAUUCUUUUUUCCAAUCAAUUUCUGUUUCGUGUGUAUGUAUAUGUUUGACUUGUAUCGCAAGCUACCUAUUCUAUUAUCCUUCUUUCCCUUCUCCUGUUGUUGUUUUUUUUGUUGUCAUCACCCUUUUUCUGUUGUUAUUUUAUGGGGCUUUGUCUCUUUUUUUUUUUUUGUGGUAAAAAUGUAAAGGGGCUUUGUCU